AUGGGGGAAUGUCCAUCCAAGGAAAGACAUUUGAUGCGCGGCGUCGGGAUCAGGGCGGUCGGGAUUUUUCCUGUUCCCGAAAAAACGCUCCACGCUUUGAUAAUACCGUUGGAAGGAGCAACUGAAGAAGAAACCAGAGCAGUGAUGAAAGCCUUUGCCAAGUUCCACGCAAACAGCAUAGAAAUAGCGCGGAAGCACCAAUCGAGUCUAGCCGACGGCUCCUCAAGGUUUGCGAUGCUGCGCGAGGACCCAUUUGACACGGACGCCAUGAGGAAGGCCUUCGAGGGCACGUCAGUCUUCGAAACGAUGCUGAAGGCAUUGCGAGGUUUCCCGGGACAGGCGGAAAACGCAGAUAGGCUAGAGCGCCACAUGAACAAGGCUUGCGCCGGGAAUUACUUGCAAUAUUUUGGAACGCUGUCGAGAUUCGUUGGGAACACGAAACUCGCCGGGUUUCGCCUGGGAGACUGCUGGCUGAAUAACAUGAUGUUCAGGGAUGAGACGAGCGAGGACGGGUCGAAGCGGGUCGCAGCCGUGAAACUCCUGGAUCUGCAGGUCGUGCAGUACGGGUCCACCAUCGCCGACCUCCAGUACUUCUUCGGCGCGAGUGUCCGCAACGAAGUACUGUCCAAGCGACGCGAGUUGAUCCGCGACGAGUACUUCCCCGAACUGAUGCGGGUCUUGUCCCUGCUCGGGUCUCCGCUCCCGGACUCGGGCUACUCCUUCGACGACUUCUGGGCGGAUUUCCAGCAGCACUCGGAGUUCUGCCUCGUGUCCGCCAUGUUUGUGCUUCCGAUCGUCAUGGCGCAGGCCAGUACCAUCCCGGACUACGACACCGGCGAGGACCUCAGUUGGGAGGCCAUCAAGAACGUGGCCAAGGACGCCGUGCAGGCAGACUGUGGUCGAAUCGCUGCUCGUUUCGCCCACUUGGUCGGCAUCAUGGUUCAAGAACAAGUGAUUUGAACCCUUAGCACUGAAGCUAAAAAAAAAAGAAAAAAAAAUAUUAAUGGUAUACUUUGUGGUGAGAAAGAAAGAGUGAGAGAGAGAGAGAGA